AUGGCAGACUCAGCGAAUCGGACGUAUGCGAUCGAUGACGAGAAGCGCGAUCUCGCCAGCAGCGAUGUGAUGGAAGACGCGCAUCCCGCUGUGGUGGCAGCCGUUGCAGCGCACGAGAUCGCGCACGAAGUCGACGACGGCAAGUACUCACCAUGGACGAAAUCCAUGUUCAACCUCUACGGCGUGCUGUUUGUUGCGUACUGCUGCGGUGCCCUCAACGGCUAUGACGGAUCACUCAUGGGAUCGCUCAACGGAAUGAAAUCUUACCAGCGAACUUUUGACAUGAAAACUUCAGGUUCUACGACUGGCAUCGUGUUUAUGAUGUAUAACGUCGGAUCGGUCUGCGCAAUCCUUUUCACAGGGCCUGUCAAUGACCUUCUUGGACGACGCUGGGGCAUGUUUACUGGCGCUUUGCUUAUCAUUGUUGGCACCUGCAUUCAGGCCACGGCGAACCACAUCCCCCAGUUCCUAGGGGGACGUUUCGUCUUGGGUUUCGGUGUAUCGUUUUGUUGUGUCUCUGCUCCGACCUACGUGAGCGAGCUGGCUCAUCCGAAGUGGAGAGGUACCCUGACUGGACUCUACAACUGCAUGUGGCCAGUUGGGGCUUUCAUUGCCGGUUGGGUUGCCUACGGAGCUUCUUUCAUCCCAGGCGACGGUGGUUGGCGACUCCCUGUUUGGUGCCAAUUGGUCACUUCCGGAAUCGUUGUUGCAUUCGUUUUCUUCUUGCCUGAGAGUCCCCGAUGGCUCGUCGCUAAUGACCGGCACGAAGAGGCAGCAAAGAUCCUAACACAGCUGCACGGCGAAAGGGACCUCAAUCACCCUAUCGUGCAGCUUCAGAUGAAGGAAAUGAUGGCCCAGAUAUCUAACGAGGCUAGUGAUAAGAAGUGGUGGGAUUAUCAUGAGUUGUGGAACACCCACUCUGCCCGGAGAAGACUUAUCUGUGUACUGGGGAUGGCCAUCAUGGGACAGGCCUCUGGCAACUCUCUAUCAAGCUACUACCUCGUCACAAUGAUGAACACAGCCGGAAUCACCGAUGAAAAGAAGGUCCUAGCCCUCAACGCCGUCAAUAGCAUUCUCGGUCUUCUAGGCAGUGUUAUCGGUGCCCGUCUCACCGAUCGCGUCGGUCGACGACCUUUGCUCAUCUACAGCAUUCUCUUCUGCUCCGUCACUUUCGCCGUCAUCACCGGUACAUCUAAGAUGGCUGUCGAUGACCCGAGCAACACCAACGCCGCCAACACUACCAUCGCUUUUGUCUUCCUCUUCGGUGUCGUAUUUUCUCUGGGUUGGACAGCACAGCAGAGCAUGUACAUUGCCGAGACUCUCAGCACCUCCACCCGUGCCAAAGGGACUGCCGUCGGCAACUUUGCCUCCUCGGCUAUCUCGCUUGUACUUGCUUACAGUUCUGGCCCUGCGUUUGAGAAGAUCGGCUACUACUUCUACCUGGUCUUUGUCUUUUGGGACAUACUGGAGGCAAUCUUCAUCUUCUACUUCUUCCCGGAAACCAAUCACAGGACGCUGGAAGAGCUCGAGGAGGUGUUCUCUGCACCGAACCCCGUCAAGAAGAGUUUGGAGCCUCGCACAGCAUCAACUGUAUUGGAGACCAUGAAGGUUCCUAAUGAGAAGUUUGUAGAGGCUGAAGUGAAUUCCCCAUCUUGGAACAAAUAG